AUGGCGAACCAAAACCCUCUCGGCCCUCAACCAGAUUUCGACCUCAUUGCCGAUGAGCUUAGGAAGGCACAAAAUCUCCCUGCGGUGACCAAUGGCGACCUGAUUCUAGCUCAGCUUCAAGCCAUUCAUCGAGAAUUCGCAGCAUUUCGUCAAGAGACUGCAGCAUUUCGUCAAGAGGCUGCAGAAUUUCGUCAAGAAACUCGUCAAGAAUUCGAAGCCGUUCGUCGAGACAUCACAGGUAUUCGUGAAGACAUCACAGGUAUUCGCGAAGACAUCAGAGGUAUUCGUGAAGACAUCACAGGUCUUCGUAAAGAUGUCGGAGGCAUCAACUUGGCGAUACGCGCAUCGUAUGAAAAGCAGAUGCUGAGAGUGCAUAUUGGGUUGACAAAGGUCGCCGGCCAACCGCCUCCCUGA